UUUUUUUUUUUUUUUUUUUUUUUUAAUAAAUAAGAAUUUAUGGAAAGAGAUGAGCAUUAUUCAUGGAUCCACACUCAGAAAAUACAUACAGAAAAGAAAAAGCUGCUUUUAGAACUUUCCUCAAAGCUAUAACCCUCUUCCAUUUCCAUCGAUCAAUUUCUUUACCCUAGACUUAAUCGCUUUCUCUCAUGUCGUUCUUCUUCAAGCCCUCUAGACCCAAAACCCCUCAGGAUGUGGCCAAGGCUAUCAAGGACAGCCUCGUCGCCCUCGACACCAAAACCGUUGUCGAAGUCAAGGCCCUCGAAAAGGCUUUAGAAGAAGUCGAGAAGAAUUUUUUAAUAAUGAAAUGUAUGCUUUUGGGAGAUGGGGAGGUUGAACCAAAUGCAGAGCAAGUUUCCCAACUGGCUGAGGAAAUUUGUAAGGAGGAUGUUAUUUCUUUGCUAAUUCAUAAGCUUUCUUUACUGGGAUGGGAAGCAAGAAAGGAUUUAGCUCACUGCUGGUCGAUAUUGUUGAGGCAAAAAGUUGGCUCCACUUACUGUUGUGUGCAGUAUAUUGAGGAGCAUUUUGAGUUGCUAGAUUUUCUUGUCGUGUGCUAUGAUAACAAGGAAAUUGCCAUGAACUGCGGAAACAUGUUGAGGGAAUGCAUUAAAUUUCCAACACUUGCAAAAUACAUUUUGGAGUCUGCAAGCUUUGAGUUGUUCUAUAAGUUUGUGGAGUUGCCGAACUUUGAUGUUGCUUCAGAUGCAUUCUCUACCUUCAAGGAUCUGCUUACUAAACAUGUGAAUUUGGUCUCUGAAUUUUUGACAGCCCGUCACGAUGAGUUCUUUGAUUCAUAUGAAAAACUCUUGACAUCUUCUAAUUACGUGACAAGAAGGCAAUCGUUGAAGCUUCUCUCGGAGUUUCUUUUGGAGUCUCCAAAUUCCCACAUAAUGAAGCGCUACAUUUUAGAAGUUCGGUAUUUGAAAGUCAUGAUGACAUUGCUGAUGGAUUCAAGCAAAAAUAUCCAACUCUCUGCAUUCCACAUUUUCAAGGUAUUUGUUGCCAAUCCCAACAAGCCGCGCGAAAUCAAAGUCAUUCUGGCUAAAAAUCAUGAAAAAUUGCUGCAAUUGCUAGAAAAUCUAUCUGCUGGAAAAGGUGCUGAAGAUGAACAACUUGAAGAAGAAAAAGAGCUGAUCAUGAAGGAAAUUGAUAGAGUAGCUCGUUCAACAAAUCUUGAAUGAUAGGUUGCUUUUUUUUUCUUCUUUCUAAGAUGUUUUAUGGCAAUAGCAGAUGAGGAUUUAUGUAGAGCCUAUAUAUAUAACCUUGUAAUUUUGUGGAAUUAAAAUAUUGUUAUUACUAAGCAAAUUAUUUGUGAUUUUCUAAA